ACAGUUGGUGUAUUUCCUAAUUCUUUGCUAAACAAACAAACAACUAACCAACUAACUAACUAAACAGUUUACUUUCAACCGUGUUACUCAUUUAAGAGCAAAAUGCAGCCAUUAUACACUAAAGAAACCUUGUAAAAAUGAGAUUGUUGCCUGUGAGGUGUUUUUUUUUUUUUUUUUUGUAUGGUGAAAUGCAGCUUUUCUUAGAUUCAGUGGUUGAAAUCAUUUCAAAGUUUAAUCGUUUAAGAGUUAAGUGGCACCAAUAAUACAGAAUCACCUCAGUACAGUAUCAGACAGUGUGUGUGUGUGUGUGUGUGUGUGUGUGUGAGAGAGAACUCAUUAGCUUCUUUAGCACUUGCUAGCUAGCACUUGUUUGUUAUUGUAAACAAAACAGACAUAAAAAAAAAGUGUGGUGUUUACAUUGUUAAAGAUAGGCCUGACUGAAAGUUUAUUUGUUUAAAGUUGUUUGGGGGAGGGGUUGGUUCGGUUCUUGCAAUAAAUAGUAGGAAUGCCCAAUACAAGGUGCUGCUCUGAGUUUGGUAAAGGCUUGAACUACAAUUAUCUUUCGGCUCUAAUCGGAGGUAUUCGGCUACCUGCCACCAUUUUGUACUGCUUCUUAGACUUCCGGGUUUCUCAGAACUGGGUUCGCCGCUGAAGCCCUAAAGCUGUGGCUUCCUUUAAACUCACUUUCUCUGGAUUAAAAGUUUAAGGAAGCGGGAGAGUUUAGUAUGCCUAUAUAUAUGCGCCUAUAUUUCGCUAGUGUUUAGUCCUGAGUGAUAAGUUUAUUAGUUUUAUACCCCCACCAGUGCACCCCGCUGCCAAGUGGGUUAGACAGCAUGAAGCUGCGGUUCUUCGAGUCGUUAACGUUAGUGGUUUAGUUUCCAGGUUUGUUUUGUAACUGGUCUGUAAGAGUGUGUGUGUGUGUGUGUGUGUGUGUGUGUGAGUGAAAUCCCCGGAGAACAAACCGGUUCAGUUUCAAUGCUGUUGGAGACCCGAGUCGCUGAUUAGCCGCAGAGCUUUUGUGAGCAGAACCACAGCUGCUGAGACUGAGGUGGUAGUCACCAUUCUUGUAGAAACAGCAACAUGCCUAUUCCUCCACCACCUCCACCUGGACCUCCGCCUCCCCCUGCCUUCAGCCAGGCAAACACUAGCGCGCCCAAGCUGCCACGUGAUGAAGCUAAAGGAAGAGGAGCGCUGUUGUCAGACAUAUGCAAAGGGGCCAAGCUGAAAAAAGUCGCAAACGCCAAUGACCGAAGCGCACCUAUUAUUGAGAAAUCUGGAGGGGGUGGAGGCGGCAGCAGUAGUGGAGGAGGAAGUGGAGGGGGCUUUGGUGGCGGUUCUGGACCAAUGCCAAUGGGAGGCCUGUUUAGUGGAGGAGUGCCUAAACUUCGUCCAGUGGGAGACGGCACUGCUGGCAGAGCAGCACUGCGGCCUCCAGGUUCUCGUCCUGCUGUGCCUCGUCCUACGAGCCAACAAGCCAAUGAUGAGCGCUCCUCACCCCCUGCGCAGUCGAGGAAUCCUCGUCCUUCUCUACCUGACAUUUCGAAACCGGGUGGCGGCGGCACUACGAAACCCAACAGCUCAGCCCCUCCUCCCCCUCCGCCGUUCAAUCGACGUGGUAAUAACCCUCCUCCCAGCAACAGUCCAAGCUCUGGCCGCUCUUAUGGGCUAGAGAAGCCCCACCCACCACCGAGUGGGAACAGAGCCCCUCCUCCCCCCUCAUCCGCACGUGAUGUCCUGGCAAAAUCUCAUUCUCGCACUUCAUCUGCGCUUUCUUCAGCUCUACCACCCCCUCCUCCUUACCGACAGCCCCCUUCAGUGGCAAACGGUGAUCCACCCCCUGAGUUGCCACAGAGGCGGAACUCGCUUAACAGGAGAUCCAACGGGCACGCUCGUAGCCAAGGCCAACCCCCACCACCGCCCGCACCCCAACAAAGCAGCCGACCGCCACCGCCAGCUCGAGACCCUCCAGGACGCCGACCAGCCACCCAGGCUCCCCCCCUUACAUCCCGGAACGGGACUCGUGAUGCACCCCCCCCUCCUCCUCCUCCCCCAGCCCGCAUGCAAAGUAGUAGCGCUCAAAAUUCUCACGAGAGCCGAGGGAGGCCUCCACCACUCAUCUCUUCCAGUCGCCAACCCUCAUCACAUCCACCUCCACCUCCACCCAUGCGCAACGGACAUACAUCUGCCUCUAGGGCUUUCACUGAUGAGUUUGAGUCCAAGUACUCCUUCCAUCCUGUUGAGGACCUGCCGCCCCCAGAAGAGUACCGACAGUUUGCAAAAAUCUAUCCGAGUAAAAACAAUAAAGCUACUAUACGAGGAGCUCCCCCUGCGCCACCUGUCGGGAGAUGAUCUGCACUCGGAGAGGAAAACGGCUAAACCUUUUGAAUCUGAUUAUACUCACACACACACACGCACACACACACACACACACUAUCACAGCUGGAUCAGAGACCAGAAACUGUCUUUAGCAGAAUGCAAAAAUGAAACUUUACCUGGCUAACUGAAAUAUUCUCAGGUGAAGAGGAUUUAGGCCAUUAGUUAAAAUAAUAUUAUUAAUAAUAAUAAUAUUUUUUUAUAUAUAUAUAAAAGAAGGUGACCAAACUUUUGCACAUAUGUUUGAAUUAUUUAGCAUUUGCAAAUAAAUAGCAACUUUGUAUUUGCAACUAAAUCGUAACUAUGCAUUGCAAGUGAAAGACACUUUUCCAUACAUCUACGAUAAAAUGAAUGUUUUAAGCACACUACAUGAUGACUAAACAGCUCCAGCCUGACGUACCUCUAGACCAGAGAACACUGUGCAGUGUCAUGGUCCUGAUCAAUUCAUAUGUACUAUCGCUCUUCACGGAGUGUUAAGAGGACACACACUACACAAGAGAGAUAUUAUAAUAUGCAUUCCACAUUAUCUGAGAGACACAUACCAAGCAUGGUACCAUUUUUGUAGCACUUGUUGAUCAUGAUUAACACUAUUAGGAUGAAAGGAGAGAUUACAUAAGGCAAUCAGUAGACAAUCAUUGCAUUGUGAUGCAUAAAGAUUGACUUGUUUGUCAAAAGAAUUGAAAAAAGGAUUACUCUCAUAGUCUUUUUCCCCCCAUACGGGAUCCAUUGUUUCAUUAUUAGAUCAGAUUUUAUAACUUUAAAAAAAAUAAUAAUAAUAAUAUUUUUUUUUAGUGUUGAUGAUUGGGCUAUACGAUUUUUAAUUGUGCAAACCAUUACCUUUAAACUUGAUCUGUGAAUAGUGUAUUAAUGUGCAUGAAUAUUUGAGCAGCCAUUCGGUUUACUCUGCAGCUAAAGUGGCUCUCCGGAAACAGUGCAAAUGCAUUCUUUCUGUCUGUGAAAAGGGAUCCUAUUAUUAUUAUUAUUAUUAUUAUUAUUAUUAUUAGUUUUUAAAUGAUGUGCAUGUCUUAAACUUGGCAGAUCUUUAAACUAACCACUUCUUCAUAACUGACCAAAAACACACAAAGUGCCACUAAGCCCACAGUAUUUCCAGUAGGCUUCGCCAGGUUUGUGCGAAGGACCUGAUUGUGUACGUGUGGUGCAAACUGUGCUGCUGAGAAUACAACAGUCUUCUCCGUUCAUUAUCUUGAAUUACUUUGAUUGACAUAUAAUGCUCAAGCAGAUUUGACUGUUCCAAUCUGUCACUAAUUUCCUGGUACCAGUGCUCUUUUUUUUUUUUUUUUUUAUAUUUUAUUUUUAAAAUAAAGAUUUUUAAAGUGUGAAUGGUUAUAGAGAAAUCUUAAUGUAAUGUAUAAUUACACUAUAUGUAGCUAGAUAUUUUUAUUGUAAAAAUGUACAAUAUAGAGAAUUAAACAUAGCCUAUAAUUGAACAUAUGACAUUUAAAGAUUAAUUACAAAGAGGCAAGCCCGGUUUCUUACCAGGACCCUUUUCCAUGGAUGGUUUAUGUUGACUUGAUAUAUUUCACAUUCUUCUUGGGUUAUUGUAAUUUUAAAUAAGUUCCCAUGGCUUGCCAAAUGUUCAUGUUGACAUGUUUAGGGUGUGUUUGUAUGAUUUUUCUUGUUAAAUUUGAAAUAAAAACGGUUAUGGGGAAAAA